AUGUCACAACGCUUCACAGCCGCUGAUGUCGCGGCGCACAAGACUGCGAACGAUCUAUACAUCAUUGUGGACGAAGACGUCUACGACCUGACUAAAUUCGCAGAUGAGCACCCCGGAGGAAAAAAGAUUCUCACUCGUGUUGCCGGCAAAGACGCCUCGAAGCAGUUCUGGAAAUAUCACAACGAGAGCAUCCUCAAGAAGUACCAGAAGCAGCUACAAGUAGGGUCACUAGACACAAAAGCUGCACCUCCUACUCCUCCGGCAACACCACCUCCCCAGAAAAAGGAGAUCCUCAAGCCUGAGGCUGUCUCUGGCGCCAUUGCUCCCCAGCCAACUGAAGCAGCUGCCGAGGAGGCCGAGGCCUUUGACUCUUAUGGCGACCUUAUCCCAUACGCCGACCCAUCUUGGUAUCAGUCAUAUCACUCACCUUACUACAACGAGACACACGUCGCCCUCCGCGAGGAAGUGAGAGCAUGGGUGGAGGAGAAGAUCAUGCCCAACGUGACUGAGUGGGAUGAGGCGAAGAAGGUCCCCGAUGAGAUCUACAAAGAAAUGGGUGAUCGCGGCUAUCUUGCUGGUCUACUGGGCAUCCACUAUCCAACACAAUUCACGGAUAAGCGCGUAGCGAGUGUACCGCCUGAGAAAUGGGACCACUUCCACGAGAUGAUCCUCACGGAUGAGCUGUCUCGUACUGGUAGCGGUGGCUUGGUCUGGAACCUGAUCGGUGGCUAUGGCAUCGGCGGUCCACCUGUUUUCAAGUUUGCGAAGCCCGAGCUGAUCAAGCGCAUUGGCCCUGGGUUGCUCAGUGGUGACAAACGCAUUUGCCUUGCCAUCACCGAGCCUGAUGCCGGCAGCGACGUUGCAGGCCUGACGUGCGAAGCCAAGCUCUCUGAAGACGGAAAGCACUACAUCGUAAACGGCGAGAAGAAAUGGAUCACCAAUGGCAUCUGGUCCGACUACUUCACAACCGCCGUUCGCACAUCCGACAAGGGCAUGAACGGUGUGUCCGUUCUACUCAUCGAGCGCUCGGCUGGUGGGGUCUCGACUCGCCGAAUGGACUGUCAGGGUGUCUGGUCUUCAGGAACGACAUACAUAACUUUCGAGGACGUCAAAGUACCCGUCGAGAACCUCAUCGGUAAGGAGAACCAAGGGUUCAAGGUCGUCAUGACAAAUUUCAACCAUGAACGCAUCGGCAUCGUUAUCCAAUCCGUUCGCUUCGCGCGCGUAUGCUACGAGGAGAGCGUCAAAUACGCACACAAACGCAAGACUUUUGGCAAGAAGCUCAUUGACCACCCUGUCAUCCGCCUGAAGCUCGCACACAUGGCGCGCCAGAUCGAGGCCAGCUACAAUUGGCUCGAGAAUCUGGUCUAUCAGUGCCAAAACAUGGGCGAGACAGAAGCCAUGCUGAAGCUCGGUGGAGCUAUUGCGAGUUUGAAGGCACAGAGCACCACGACCUUUGAGUUUUGCGCAAGGGAAGCAAGUCAGAUCUUCGGCGGGUUGAGUUACAGUCGUGGCGGUCAGGGCGCAAAGGUCGAGAGGCUGUAUAGGGACGUUAGGGCAUAUGCUAUCCCGGGUGGAAGCGAGGAGAUUAUGCUUGAUCUGAGCAUUAGACAGGCGCUGAGGGUGCACAAAGUUCUGGGUAUGAAGUUGUAG